GCGGGAUGAAGCUGCUGGCUUCCAUCGCCUUCCUGGCCGCGCUUGCGGUGGCACUGGGACACCCCGACCCCGCGCUGGACUGGCACUGGCAGCUCUGGAAGAAAACCUACGGCAGGGAGUACCGCCACGAGAAAGAGGAAGGGGAUCGGCGCGCGACGUGGGAGAGGAACCUGCAGCUCGUGAUGCUGCACAAUCUGGAGCACUCGCUGGGGCUGCACUCCUACGAGCUGGGCAUGAACCACCUGGGAGACAUGACCAGCGAGGAAGUGGCGGCUUUGUUAACUGGGCUGAACGUCGCUCCUCGGCCAAACCGGACCUCCACGUACCGACCGCAGCCUGGCGGGAAAGUCCCGGACACGGUGGACUGGAGGGAGAAGGGAUGCGUCACGGAUGUGAAGAAUCAGGGCGCCUGUGGGUCGUGCUGGGCGUUCAGUGCCGUGGGAGCCCUCGAAGCCCAGGUGAAGCUGAAGACGGGGAAGCUGGUGUCCCUGAGCACCCAGAACCUCGUUGACUGCUCCAUGAUGUAUGGGAACAAAGGCUGCAGUGGAGGUUUCAUGACCAAUGCUUUCCAGUACAUCAUCGACAACCAAGGGAUUGACUCGGACGAUUCCUACCCCUACACGGCUCAGAAUGGCACAUGUCGAUACAAUGCUUCCACACGAGCUGCCACUUGCUCCAAGUACGUUGAGCUCCCAUACGCCGACGAAGCCGCCCUGAAAGAUGCUGUAGCCAACAUCGGACCAGUCUCUGUCGCCAUUGACGCCACCCAGCCCACCUUCUUCUUGUACAAGUCAGGUGUGUAUGAUGACCCCCGGUGCACACAGGAGGUGAAUCACGGAGUGCUCGUGAUCGGCUACGGCACCCUAAAUGAUAAGGAUUACUGGCUUGUGAAAAACAGUUGGGGCGUGCGUUUUGGUGACGAGGGCUACAUCCGCAUGUCAAGAAACCACGCGAACCAUUGCGGGAUCGCCAGUUAUGCCUCUUACCCGCUGAUAUAGACGGACCCUGUGCUUCAGAGAGGACUCCUGGGGCUGCAGUUAAACCACUGAUCCGUGGCUCACAUGGAUCCACUGACUUCAAGAAUCAUUUUCUGGCUCUGUGGGCAAACUCCUUCUGAUAGGUCAGCCUGUCUUACAGGCUGGGAAGGAGUCCUUCACGUGGGAGGAUUUUGGAAUACGAUUUGCAGGCACCUAGUGACUUCUUUUGGGGGGAAGAAAGGGUUUCUUUCAGAGUAAAACUGCGAUACCUACAGUUAUAAUGGGGACCACGUUUUCCUCUCUCCAGUUUCGCGUUGAGUACUGCUACGAUGACACAAAUACUUUCUCUCUGUGUGACGUUGAU